CUUAAAUUGGCUGAAUCAGCUAAAUGCUUGAAAUUUGAAACUAAAAUAAUAGCUACGCUACGGGAACAUGGCUCGGGUACCUCUCCCAUACAGCCGCUGCGGGCCGGGGUUAAUGAAUCACGAUAAACGCGUUGAUAAUUUUGAGGUCACUUCAUGUACAUCAAGCAAUGAGUCACAAACAAUAAUGGGACAAGUACAAGGAAUGAAUAAAGUAAUCAACCCCAAUGACAAACGGUUGCUUGAAGACACGGGCCGAGUAUUCUCUACUCCACAGCGAAAUUGGUCUACACAUACAGUACAUACUGCACAUUCAACUCCUACAAAUUCUUGUCCGAGACAAAGAAAUGUUUCGGGAACCACACCAACUUCCGCAUGGGCAACCAACCAAUCAAAUCAAGGUUUUGGGGUGAAAAAUGGAUCUAACAGCACUGAGGCUUUGAGACGUAAUAACACUGGCCGAGUAGAGAGUUCAGAGGCAAUUUGGUCUACGCCAACACUUUCAACCCCCACAAUUUCUUGCUCCAAACAGGAAAACACUUCUGGAACUCCAGUACUGAGUUCUGCAAGGCCAACCAAUUCAAUCACACAAGCAAAAGAUCUUGGGGAGAAAAAUGGAUCCAACAGUACUGAGACUAAUAAAUACACUUUCACACGUAGUAAUAAAGUAAAGUUUUCAGAGUUCCCUUCGAAUCCCAAAAAGUUUCUUAAGGCUCAGUCUAGUGUUUCUGACGCUGUUAACAUAACACAAAGGAACCCAAAAAGAAAAUUCCGAAAGCUUAUAGCUCAUGGUAUUUCGCAAGAGGAAGCCAGCAAUCUGUGCUUAAUGUCCUGGCCAGAUAUACUCAAAAAAUAUCCCUCAAUGAUUGAAUUAGUCCCUGAAAAACGAAGAAAACAGUUAGCACUUCACAAUCUUCACAUACCUAAGAAAAUUCCUAAACUGACUAGGAUAACUGAAAACACACAAGAUUCCCUUAGCAAGAACGAUGGUCAGGGAUCCGCUGAGAUAUAUCUGGUACCGGUCACUGCAAUGAGUGGACAGCAGUCUCUUAACCAGAAUACAGGUCCUUUACGCGUCGGAAUUCGAAACAAAGAACCCAUGAACUCAGAUCAAAUGAAAAUGGUCCACCGUCAUCUACUCAUAGCUAUAACUAAGCAGUUCACAGGCGGCGGUGGACCUGAGUUCCUGAGUUUCACACGAAAGCACGGCUGGAUCCAAGUUACAUGUGUUGACCAGCGUAGUAAGGAUUGGCUUGUGGAAGAAGUACAAUAUCUAGAGCCUUGGCCCGGGGUCCUACUUUCUGUCAUACCAGAAGAGCAAUUGCCUAAUCCACCCAAGGUUGUCACUAUGAUCCCAGAAUCAGAGGCAAGAUCGGUUAAAGAGGCCUUAGAUCUACUCAAAGCACAAAACAAAGGUCUCAACACUGGACACUGGCAGCUGCUUCAUGAGAGAGUGGAAAAGGAUAAAAGCAGGACAGUAACCUUCAUAAUUGAUGAAAAAUCAUUUGAGACCCUGAAAGCCCAGAAGCUUCAAGCUGCCCUUGGCUUUAAGAUCGUAACUUUUAGAAUCAAGGACGGUGGAUCGCAACUUAUCCGUCAACCUGCUUCUAAUCACGAUCCUGUUACUCCUGAUAGCAGUACUAUACUUGAAAACUGUGAAGAUCUGGGCCUGAUUUGUGCCAAGAAUAGUGUGGAAACCGAUCGGGAUCAACACUCUUCGAUACAAGCUAAAGGGAACGAGAGAAGUGGCAUAGUAGACCUAACUGUCCCAGAUCAAGAUGGAUUGAUGGAUAGAUCUCAAGCUAAGAAUGGGUUUGGGGCGAGGUUUACCCAGAAUAAAGGAGUAAUAGACUUAACAGAAAAUGAUAAAGAUGUAGUAUCUGGUAAGAACAGAUUAGGAGCUAAAGUAAUAGACUUGACAGAAAAUUAUAGUAAUGAAGGAUCUGGUAAGAUCAGACCAAGAGCUUCUCAACAAAAAUUUGGAAGUAGGCCUAUUCAGAACUUAAGACCAGGUGAUGUGAGGUUUGGACAAGGCAGUAAGGAAGUAAAUCAAACAGACAGGGGCUCCCAAUCUUCCCAGGAUAAGAAUGGAGCACAUUUGACUGAAAACCGGGAUAGAACUACAAGCCCUGAAGAGGGCGGGUAUAGCUCCUGGAUAAUUCAGGAACCUGAAAGCUUUGCAGCAGGAAUUGUACCUGGACUAAGCUUUUUAAACUCUGGAGGACCACCUCAACUUUCAGGCGAUGAACCAGGGAUUCAAGGAGACAGCAGAUUGGGAACAGUGGGUCAAGACAGUUCUCUAAGAUCAGAUAAGAGAUUGUCGCCUUCAGAGGAUUUAAAUGACCGAUUACCUAAAAGUUAUAGAUUGCCUGGCAAGAAUAGUAGGAAGAAAAAAAGAACAGCUCGAGAUAGACUUUCACCAAAUAUAGUAUCACCUCGCAGAGUUAGUCAGGACUCUCAAAGAUAUGAUAGGCCAGCGUACAGUCAGGAUAGUGGCAGGAGAGAUACAGUAAACAGUUGGGAUUAUUGGGAAUACUCAACUAUGGGACAUCCAAGAUGGAUAGAUGAAUAUUAUUUUUAUUAGGAAAGACUUAUUUAUGGUUACUCUAUGGACUAAAGUCUAUGGUUGUGGAAACUGGUUCAAACGUCAGCAGUGA